AAACGGUUUCUAUGAAAAGUAUGUCAAGAUUAUAUUUUUACAAUGUGCCCGGCCAUUUCCGCUUGCUUUCGACAUGAAUCCUAUUUGCAAGACGAACAUUAACAGCACAGAAUGUCAACUCUGGAUGAACAGAGUAUGCACACAUUGCAGGGAUCUAUUUGCCAAAGAAGCCACAAACACUUGGGCCGCUUGGUGGCAUGAUGACACACCGGCAUACUACAAGGAUGUGCCAGAGAUGACCGUCUAUGACUGCAACAAGCUGAAACACUUGUUGGAGCUGGAAGUGGCCGCAGUACAUUCAAACCAAUCAAUAGCAUUCCCAUCUAAGUCGUUUAGUUUUAAGUUGUGGCAAAAAAUAUUGCUUAUUUGUAUAUAUAUUGGUAUUAUUGUUGCCAUUAUACUCAUAUGUUAUUAUUGGAAGCUGGGACGUCGGGACAAGGAUCGACCCGUGGAUGAGGAAAAAGAAGAAACACCCAGUAAUAAAUAUUCGAAAGCUGACUCAUCAUCAUUGUCUCAUGAAGAAACCCCAAAGCACGAAAAGAGUCGUAGAUCCACACUCAAAGGUUGGAUGCGCUACAGGUGUCGACCGAUUUUUGUACACAACGAAGCUGCACUGCGUCGACAGCAAGCCAAGUACAGGGAAAAAGAACUACUGAGAGAAGCCUAUACACAGCAGAACAUUGAAAAGUGGACGAGGGCCCGAGAGAAAGUCCAAAAGAAGCGUAGAGAGCGAGAAACUGCUCGCGAGGCCAAAUUAAAUGAGAUUAAACAGAAGACAUAAAACGAAAGCAAUUAAAAAAAAACUGAUUUUAUAUCUAAGGUAUCUAAUAGUAAAAAAUAU